UUGCGUUGCACGUAUUUUAUGCAAAACCUCAACAAAAUACACAAUAAAUAUCGUUUUUAACUAAUCAGUGUAGUUAACAUGUGUCAUUAGUGAUGUUCUAGUCGCCCGUUGUUAAGUGUUCGCUCGGUGUCGAGUCGCUCUCGUCCGUUGCCAGUCAGAGGAUGCAGGCGACCGUGCCGCCGGUAUGGUCGGAAAUCGAGCGCUACCGGCGCAGGCGCGGACGCGUGACGCUGGCGGAGCUCAGCGAGAUCACUGCGCGGGCGCACCAGAUGCACAUGCAGGAGCUGCGUCGGCUCCGCGAGCUGCAUGCGCGGCUCGACUGGCCGCACGUGCAUCACCCCGAGAUCUUGCUCUACACGCCGAACCAGCUUAGACAACUGAUUAGACUUGGUAACUCAGCUGAUCCGGCGGCGCAACCCACGUCGGGCAGCUCGUGGCGCCCGGGCCCGCUGGGCGCGCCCUGGCACUUGCCGGACCACGAGGCCUCGACGGCUGGCGGUGGCGGGCCGGAGCACACGAGCGAGUGGUGGUCGUGGCGCGGCUGGGGCGCCGGCGCGCUGCUGCUCAUGGCGGCGCUGCUGCUCGUGCGCGCCACCGACCGCUGCUUCACGCGCAGCUACACGCGCUGUACGAGCUCUCGCAGAAGACGCUCCGAAGAGUGGCCGACGCCCAACGUGCUCGCUACGAGUAUACUCACACACAUGCUUUCAGACCGUCACCCUCUCAGUGUAGACGCGGAGACGUCUCCGAAUGAAUUCGAUGCUUAUCCUUCCGAAUCAAGCGACUCCGGCAACGACGUCAUAUUCAAUGCUGAUCUCCCUCCGCCAUACUCCGAAUGCGCAACCGACGGCAGCAAACUCAUCACCAGAGAGGAGCCGCCUCCUCCGUACUCUGCCUGCUAUGUCGCGUUCUCAAACCCCAAGGACGGGACGCCGUCCGUUAGGUUCUUCAACGGCCAACGGCAGAGCAUGUUCGAGAGCGAUGACUCGCCGACCUCGACGCGUUUCAUAAACGUUCAGACAUCGACCGAAGAACUGACUGAAAUAGCGCAUUCCAGCAAUGGAUUCAACCACUUCGAUACCGGCCAGCUUCCGAACAAUCCGAUCGGUAAUCGAAUAUACAAGUUACCGUACUUCGAUAAUACGAGUACAAAUAUCGAAACAGACGACUCCGACGAAUGCAACGGUGAGUGCAUCGCCAACUCAGUCGAAUGUAUCAACAUCGGACCAGCCCCACUGGCGACUCAGGACAUGACCAUCGACAUUUCAGAAGCCAGCGUCACCAUAAACAUCGAAGAUCGUAACGAGGCGACUGAAUCCUGUUAAUUCAAGAAUGUAUGUAGAUGGCUGAUCGAGUGCUGUGAAUUUUAUUAAAACGCUUAUACUCUUUAAGAUUGAUAUUCUUAUGAAAGUAACAUUCUAAUUAAUUGUGUUUCAUUAGAAGCAGUCGAGUAGAUAAAAUAAAUUGUAAUAGUAUUAUUUUACUAAUCCUCAAAUGUCUACCUGUCAGGACAACAGAAUAAUAUUUAAAUGAAAAAUAAUAUAUCAAUACGUCAAUGGAAUAUUCAGGUUGUGUAGAGAUAAAGUUUCAUAAAAUAUAUUAUACUUUUGUAGACUCUCGUUCGUCGCUGUACACAUACUCGUAGUAGAUCACGAUGUUAUACCCCCAGGUAGCUAACUUUGGAUAUAAAUUAUGAACAAAUAAAUAAUUUCUUAAAAUA